AUGUCUUCCUCUUCCCUGUACCGUCGCCUCCAUGGGGUCUUCAACCUCCCUCGCUCCUCUGCAGCCAAAUCCAACAAACUCAACCCCUUGCCUCUUUCCUCAUCCACCAACGAACCCAGCCACUCGCCUCCUUCCUCACCCACAAACAAACCCAGAAAAUCGAAACCCACCGCCGGUUCCGCCUCCGCUGCUACCCCUCUCACCGUUGAACACCGUCUUCAAAAGCUUGUCAGCAAGUUCAUAAAGAGCUCCGAGUCCGAGCGCUUCCGCGCCAGGCAUGGUAUCUUUGACUCUACAGUUCGCCGCCUUGCUGUCCAUAAAAAAUUCUCCAUGAUUGAGGAUCUUAUAGAAGCUCAGAAGAAGUAUGACGAUAUUACGGAUGAAGGGUUCGCGAUCCGCCUCAUUAUGCUUUAUGGGAAAGCGGGUAUGUUUAGUCAUGCACGCAAGCUGUUCGAUGAAUUGCCUGAACUGAAUUGCGAGCGGACUGUGAAGUCAUUUAAUGCCCUUCUGGCGUCUUGUGUGAAUGCCAAGGAAUAUGAUCAAGUUGAAACGAUUUUUCGGGAUUUACCCGAGGAACUUUCGAUUGAAGCUAAUGUGAUCUCGUACAAUAUUGUUAUCAAUGCGUACUGCGAGAUGGACGCCUUGGAUAAAGCCAUCCUGUUCUUCAAUAACAUGGAAAAGAACGGGAUGGAGCCAGAUUUGGUUACCUUCAAUACGCUUUUAGCUGCAUAUUAUAGAAAGGGUCAUUUUUUAGAUGCGGAAAACAUGUGGAGUGUGAUGGAAAACAAGAACCUUGCUCCUAAUCUCAUAAGUUACAAUGCGAGGUUGCGAGGAAUGGUUCAGGAGAAAAGAUUGCAAGAAGGGAUUGGGUUGCUAGCAGAAAUGGAGGAGAAAGAAAUCAAGCCAAAUGUGUCCAGUUACAAUGCUCUGAUUAAAGGUUUUUGUGACGAUGGGAAUCUGGAGGAGGCGAAAAAAUGGUAUUACAAACUGAAGGAGAAGGAAGCUACUCCGAAUCGAUCAACUUACAGGGCACUUCUCCCCUUACUUACCGAACAGGGUGAUUUUGAUAUGGCACUUGAACUGUGCAAGGAGGCCAUUGAUAAUCGUUUAGUUAUUAAUGCAGCAGAGGUGCAGCGUGUUGUUGAUGGAUUAGUUGAAGCUUCCAAGAUUGAAGAAGCAAGUGACCUUGUGCAACUGUGCAAUUCGAACAAUUAUUUAAAUUUCAAGUUGGAAUUGCCUCAGACGAGCACUUGA